UGGGCGGGGCUGGCGGUGCGGCGCUCGCGGGUCCCGGAUGCUGGUGGCGCGGCGGGCGCUGUGGCCGGGCUGCGAGCGCAGAAGGAUGAAGUUGCUGGUGGCCGCGGCGCUGUUGGGCGGGUCGCUGCUGGUGCUGCUGCUGCCGGCCGCCUCGCGGGCCGAGGAGCGCAAGAAGGGGCCCAAAGUCACCGCCAAGGUGUAUUUUGAUCUGCGGAUCGGGGACGAAGAUGUUGGCCGGGUCGUGUUUGGCCUUUUUGGGAAGACCGUCCCAAAGACUGUGGAGAACUUCGUUGCUUUGGCCACAGGAGAGAAAGGGUUUGGGUUCAAGGGCAGCAAGUUCCACCGUGUGAUCAAGGACUUCAUGAUCCAGGGAGGAGAUUUCACCCGCGGAGAUGGCACCGGAGGCAAGAGUAUCUAUGGUGACCGUUUCCCUGAUGAGAACUUCAAGCUGAAGCACUAUGGACCUGGCUGGGUUAGCAUGGCCAAUGCUGGCAAGGACACCAACGGCUCCCAGUUCUUCAUCACCACAGUCAAGACUCCCUGGCUGGAUGGCAAACAUGUUGUGUUUGGCAAAAUCCUGGAAGGGAUGGUGUCCCCUAGGAUGUGGUGAGGAAGGUGGAGAACACCAAGACGGACAGUCGGGACAAGCCCCUGAAGGAUGUCACCAUUGCUGACUGUGGCACCAUCGAGGUGGAGAAACCAUUUGCCAUUGCCAAAGAGUAAACCAUCCUGCCCCAGCACCAGGGCAGGGCCAUGCAGCCAGAGCUGGCCUGUGAAGGGCUGUGAUGCUCCACAGGGCCCCUCGGCUCUAGCUACCUUCUGGGUGAGCAGCAGCUGUACCCUGCCACCAACCUCCUGCCCGGCCUCUCCUCCCAUUCUCUGUGACCUAACACAUUCUGUCUGGCCAGCAGAGGGGGUGUGGGUCCAUCACUUUUGUAAGAAGCACAUGCACCAAUAAAUGUGAUCAGUGUGUUUUUUAUA